CAAAAAUGGCCUCUCGGCUUCUAUGUUCCAAAAAUCUCACUUUUCCAUUUCGCACGCCCAGAGUGAGCUCUUUCGAACGCUCAAAUCAUCCGCCUCCAGCUUUCUUCUCCACACACAUUAUCGGGGACACCCCAAUUCUCGUUCGGGAUUUUAUACGGUGGGCAUUGUAUGAUGCGAAGCAUGGCUAUUUCUUUCAAAGAUCAGAGUCCGUUGGAGUGCUUGACAAAAGCAUCAAGUUCAAUCAGCUCCAAGGCCGAAAAGCUUAUAUGCAGCACUUGGAUAAAAUUUACAAGCAGAAUGACAUGUCAUGGUUUACUCCGGCAGAGCUUUUUAAGCCUUGGUAUGCCCAUGGAAUUGCAGAGGCAAUUAUGCGGACCACUAAUCUUUCAGUUCCACUAAAGAUAUAUGAAAUUGGAGGUGGAUCAGGAACUUGUGCAAAGGGCAUAAUGGAUUACAUAUUGUUGAAUGCCCCUUCAAGAGUUUACGAGAAUAUGACUUACAUUUCAGUGGAAAUCAGUGCUUCACUGGCCAAGAAACAACUAGAAACUGUAGGAGAAGUUCAGAGUCACUUAUCAAAGUUUAGAGUAGAGUGUCGUGACGCUGCUGACCAAAAUGGAUGGGGGGAUGUGGAGCAACAACCUUGCUGGGUUAUAAUGCUAGAGGUGCUUGAUAAUCUUCCACAUGAUCUCAUCUAUUCAGAAAAUCAAGUUUCACCAUGGAUGGAGGUGUGGGUUGAAAAGCAACAAGACAGGUGA